CUGAACUCGCCUCAUCUUUUGCUGGCAGUUCGUUUUUGCCUCUUCUAGCAGCCUGCCUUUUUCAGAAUGAUACAGAUCUUGGACCCAAGACCCUUGCCAAGCUCCAUCAUGCCUGUGGAUGUGGCCAUGAGAAUUUGCUUAGCCCAUUCUCCACCACUGAAGAGUUUUCUCAGCCCCCUUGAGGACUGCCAAAGAAACAACUUUGUGAACAGAUUCAAACCUCUCAGACCGUGUCUUCAUGUGAAACGUGACUCCGAGGCUCAGAAGAGUGACUGGAACCACUCGACAGCCCGAGCCAAGAAACGAGUUGUGUUCGCAGACUCAAAGGGGCUGUCCCUGACGGCAAUACACACCUUCUCUGAGUUCCAGGAGCACCCUGGGUGGGAUCUUCAGUUUGACCUCUUAGGCAUUGAAAACAUAACAUCUGGCUUAAAGCUACACGAGGAGAAAAACUUGAUUCUGGGUUUCCCUCGGCCCUCAGCUGACUAUCUGGGCUUCAGGAACCGCCUGCAGAAGAACUUGGUCUGCCUGGAGAACUGUACCCUGCAAGAGAAGGUGCUCUCAGGCACUGUGAAAGUAAAAAACGUGAGCUUUGAGAAAAAAGUUCAGGUUCGAGUUACCUUUGAUACAUGGAAGACCUACACGGACAUUGAGUGUGUAUACAUGAACGAUGUUUACGGUGAUUCUGAAAAUGAUACCUUCUCAUUUACCAUUGACAUGCCUCCUGCCAUUUCUUCUGAAGAAAAGAUAGAGUUUUGCAUUUCUUACCAAAGUGGAGAACAUACCUUCUGGGACAAUAACGAGGGUCAGAAUUACAAGAUUCUCCAUGCAGAGUGGAAGCCUGAUGGUGUUCAGAUACCAUCUGCCAAGAAAGACUGUGUAGAUCUUGAGACUCCAAGAAGAGGACAAGAGAGAGAGCCUGAUCAACUAGGCAGCCCGAGGCUGUCCAGUGGUCUCUUUCCCCAGUGGCAGAGCUUGGGUCAGAUUGAAAAUUCAUCACCAUAUUGGUGA